GCGAUCCAAGAACAAGGGAGAGACUUUGCAGCAGCAGCUCAAAAACAUUAUGGGGGGUGUCAAGCAAAAGCCAGUGGGGCUUGGGAAACACACUGUCCUGCCCGUAACCAUUAUGCGCUGCGGUUUAUCGGCACUGAUGGGGAGGGAGGCAUCGUUCAACGACGUGCUGCACGUCCUCAUGGUUUCGGCCUGGGAUGUCGUUGUGAAGCUAAUAAAUGCAGCAACUGAUACUUGUGGGAAUGGCGACAUGGUGAAAGAACAGGUAAAGUUACAAUUGGAAGCACAGCGAGCAAGCUUCCUCGUGAGCCAACCGGGGGAAAAGGCGGACGAGGCGCAUCUGCUCCAGAGGAUGCCGAAGUCAUUGGACGGCUUCGUUUAUGAGUUCGAUACAUACCAUCUCAACAAGGAGGGUGUGCUUGAGCCGGAUAAUGGACGUGGCCACAGAGGUGACCGUCGCGGACCGGCAUAUCAAGCACUAAACAAUGCUGUUGCAAGAGGAGAUCAUGAUAUGAGUGGCAACGGAGGAUCACCCGUUACGGAUUCGCCACCCGUGGGAUGUGAGACUGCUGUGGCGGAGUUUGCCCCGGUGGAUGAUGAGGGGCAUGUGGAAGAGGGGAGAGAGUUGGGAGAGGGGGAUGGCCCCGUUGAUGAUGGGCAAGAGGAGGGGGAAGGUGCUGGAAGGGCAUCCGUGCCAGAUCGCCCGAGCGAUGGGGCAACUGCAUCUACUCCUGCAAUCCGGCCCCAACCUGAUGGCUUAUCAGCGGGCCGUGCAGGAGCACCUCUCCGAAGGGCUCUCGCUCGAUCAUGGCCUCUGUCGGCCAACGCUGCUGCAACUAGCCUCAAAGGGGCGGCGUCACGUCCCACCCACCGCAAGCAUGAAGUGAAUGUACGAGAUGAGUGGGCUCAAUGCAAAAGGCAACGCAAAAUCCCCUCGCG